AUGGCACAAUUUCAUCUACCUUCAUCGCUCGAUCUGACAGACCGUAAUCUGGCAGAUAGCUCUAAGAAAUGGAAACGUCAGUUACAAGUUUAUAUGGAAGCUAGUGGGAAUAAUAACAAGCCGAAGCAGCGACAAACGGCUAUUAUAUUACAUUGUGCAGGCCCGGAAGUCCUUGAGGUUUAUGAUCAUUUUGAAUUUGAAGGAGAAAAUUACAAAAAUGAUCCUGUUAAAGUGCUCGAAAAACUAGAGGAAUAUUGUAAUCCACGACAAAAUGAAGUUCUGCAAUCCUUUCGCUUUUGGCAAGUACCCUUCCAAGAACCUUUUGACACAUUCCUAACAAAGUUGUACUCUUACGCUGAUUCAUGCAAUUUCAAGGAAAAAUAA